UUCGCUCACUUCACAAUACAUUUAUAGAUUCUGUUUCUAAUUCGUUCGUCUCCACCCUCCCUGAGCCAUUCAUUGGGCCGCUACCUGUGCGCCGCUCUCUAGAUUAAUUGUGUGCGCCGUGAGUCAGGCAGGUUACUGGGACCACCGAUUUCUCUUUAACAAUGGAAACGUGCAAGAUAAAUCAAUGAAACCUCUUUGGAAUCAGUAAAUUUAAGUUUCUCUAUUAUUUAGAGGUACUUUAUUUCUCACAUGGUAUCUGGAAGGUUUUUUUUUGUUGUUGUGUGUUACUGGUGUGUUAGAGGAGUGUGUCAUGAGCGGUGUGUGCAUUGUUUGGGCCUCGCGUCCUGCGGCAGGUGAGUCGCUUGUAUGUCGAGGCAUGUGUCAUGAUCCCCGCAUUAAUGUGUCACCGGACCCCCUGGCCUCCGGGGUCUCCGCCGCCGCCCCGUGGCCCUGACCGCCGCCAAAGUUUGUUCAUCAAGGGGCUGACCCGUCGCGCCGCGCCGCCCUGGCCGGGAGGCGUGGGAGCCGGGCGUCGGUGUCAUCACACACGGGUGACGCGUCGUCGGGUUGUCAUCAUCCUGGAGGUGCCCGCCGCCCCGCGCAGCGCUGUUUGUUUUGAUGGUGACGCUGUUGUGGCGGCUGCGGCGGCGUGGUGGUGGUGGCGGUGGUGGUGGUAGUGAUGCUGCCCCGCCUCCUGCCCCCUCCUCCACCCGCCGCCUCCUCUGCUCUGCUCCUCCGCCCCGCGCCUCGCCUCCCGCCGUCGGCCGCCGUCCAGCCCCGCGACAUGCCUGCCGUGGCGGGGCGCCUCGGAGCCUCGCUGCUCGGGAAGGCUUUGUGAAGGACGGCGCUUAAAUAUUUCCAUGGCCGGGCUAAUUAAUGGUUGUUAUAGUGGGGUGAGAGGUAACAUACAGUGAACAUCGGUGGCUGACAUCUGAGAUGGGCGAGAUAAGAGCGGGUGAUCUUGGCGCUGCGCGGCGGGCCAAUCAGCGGCGGCUCUCACUGAUCUAUGGUACGGUGGGCGGCCCGUGGCGAGGCCCCGCCCCGAGCCGUGGCCUCCGCCGCCCUCACUCCCCUCCACAGUGUGCCUCUCACUGCCCGCCAGGAAGGAGCUUUGUGCUGCGCUGCGCUGCGCCGUGACAUUCGGUAUCUGUGUGAACGACGGCCUGACACUGUCGCCGAGAACUGUGGUCCACGCACCGAGCGGCGCGGCCGUGCAGAGACCAGGCAAGAUGAUAGUGUGUUGUAACAGCUGCCAGAAGCCUAUCACGGGCAAGUUCCUGGUGACGGUGCUGGAGAGGACGUGGCACGCCGAGUGUGUACGCUGCACCGACUGUGGCUGUGCCCUCACCGACAAGUGCUUCAGCCGCGAGGGGAAACUCUUCUGCAAGAACGACUUUUUCAGGCGGUUCGGGACCAAGUGUUCGGGGUGUCUGCAGGGCAUCUCUCCGCAGGACCUGGUAAGGAAGGCCCGCGACCGCGUCUUCCACCUCAAGUGCUUCACCUGCUGCGUCUGCCGCAAGCAGCUCUCCACCGGCGAGGAACUCUACGUGCUCGAGGAAAACAAGUUCGUGUGCAAACAAGACUACAUGAGCGGCAAACUGACAGUGGACCCGUAUGUGAUGAGCGACGAGGAGGAGGACAUCGAGAGUAUGGACACCGGGGACGCCUCGCUCAAGUCCCCGGGCUCCGACUCCACCGCCCUGCACGCCCCCAACACGCCCGCCACCCCCGCCACGCCCUCGGCCACCCAGACCACCGACCUCGACAAAGCCUCAAGCGUCAACUCCCGCGAUGAUGGCGAGGACGAGGACGAGGAUCUGGAGGCUUCUAAGGACGAUGACGACAAGAGGGGGGCCGAGGAGGAGAAGGGGGCUAAGCGACGGGGCCCCAGAACCACCAUCAAGGCCAAGCAGCUGGAGAUCCUCAAGAACGCCUUCAACAAAACGCCCAAACCCACGAGACACAUCCGCGAGCAGCUGGCCAAGGAGACGGGCCUUCCGAUGCGGGUCAUACAGGUGUGGUUCCAAAACAAGAGGAGCAAGGAGCGGCGCAUGAAGCAGCUCUCCACCAUGGGCAUGCGCGCGCACCUCUUCGGCAACCCAAGGAAGCUGCGUGAUCUGCCCCUGGGGAUGGAGGAUGGCUACGGCUUCUUUCCCGGCUACAGCGGUUUCCCAGGACAGCAGUUCCCCGGCUACUUCGGUCCCCAGCAGCCCAUGGGAUACCCGCACAUGGGCCCCGGCAUGGAGCAGCCCCUGCCCCCCGGCGGACCCAUGGGGGGCGCUGAGUUCCCCGGGAUGCCUCCCAUGGCCGCCAUGAUGGGGGAGGCCUUUCCCCCCCACCCACCCAUGACCUCCCCCUCCGACGACGUCUCUGUGCAUGGAGGUCCCGGAGGCUUCAGUGACCACCAGAGCUCAGAGAUCCUGGCGUGGUAACCUGGGCUGACCUUGACCUGACCUGACCUGACCCCCACCAGCCGCCGCCGCCACCCUCCAACACCACCACCAUCACCAAAAACAACAAGAACAAUAAUAAUGAAAGUGAUAAACGAGGAAAACAAACAAACUAACCACCAAAGAGGCCGCCGUGGAACCAUCUUUUGUUUAUUUUAUUUCUCUGUUGCGUCAAAAAAAUGUCUGACGUAACAAGAGAGGCUGUUUUUUUGUGUGUGUUUUUUUGUUGUUGUUUUCGUUAUGUGCGGCUUUGAUUUUUUUUUUUCUUGGCAUGUUCUUUUGCGUGUGUUUCAUCUGUUUACUGCUGAUGAAACUUUAUCCAGGAUGUUGUUAAGUGUCUCCUUUCUUUAAGUUUCAGCUUGUAAAGAUAUGAAAAAAACGAAAAUAUGAAGAAAACGAAAAAGAAAGUGAGAAAAAAGAUACAAGUAAACUCCGGUGUGUGUGUGUGUGUGUCAAACAAAGGGGGAAAAGAAAAAGAAGAAGAAAGAGAAGGAAAAGAGGAAGGAGGAGAAGGAGAAGGAGAAGAAAGACUGCAAGGAAUAGGGAAAGGAAGAUUAUAUUAUUAUUAUUAUUAUUAUUAUUAUUAUUAUUAUUAUUAUUAUUAUUAUUAUUAUUAUUAUUAAUCUUAUUCAGUAAAUGUCGUCCAUAGAUGUCAGUGUAAAGGGGAGGAGCAAGGGAGGGACGGGGCGGGGAGGGACAACACGCUGCUACCUGGCCUGGAUUUACUAAAGGGUCAGUUUUAUAUCUAACUCAACAUUUUUUUUGUCUUUUUUUUCGUGGAUCCAUUCUUUCAAACACCACUGGAGUCGGUCCGUGCCCUGUACACCUCAAGAAAACGUACACGGUAGGUUUACACGCAGUCCUGUAUGCACGUAUGUAUGUAUGUUUGUGUGUACGUAUACGGUGUUAGAUGUGUACGUGGAAAAGGUAAAGAAAUUAUGUACGUGUAAAUUUUUGUACACGUCAUUGUUUCCAAAUUAAUACACGGUAACUUUGUAUGUGGUAAGGAAAGUAGAGUUGGUGUACACACACACACACACACACACACACACACACACACACACACACACACACACACACACACACACACACAGUAGGUCUAUCGUAGGAGGUAACUUCGUGUACGUGGUUGAUGCACACGUCGCCAUGUGUAAGCCUAUCGUGUGUGUACGUCAACUCAGCCGUGUGCACAUUCAAUCACGCCUAUGUGUACGCACGUUCUUGGCUGUGUACGGUAAUCAAAACACUAAAAGAUUUCUAUGAACAAUUAAAUAAAGAAGUAAAAUCAACCGCAAUAUAUAAACUCAACAACAAUAAAAAUAAUAAUAAUAAUAAUAAUAAUAAUAAUAAUAAUAAUAAUAAUAAUAAUAAUAAUAAUAAUUCGUGCUAACAACGCAUUAAACUCCAUAUUUAAUGAUACAUUCCAAGACUAAAAUUUAUGCGGUUCAAUAUUCAUUUGAACCUCUAUAUUUGGUGUUAAAUCAUCCUUAAUCCCUUUAUAUGGUGUUGAAUCCUCUUUAAACCUUCAAAAGGAAUUCGAUCCUAAGCUGAAGUUGCUAAGGGUUCAGGGCACGGACUCCAGGAGGAUUGUCUACAGGGAUCAUCUCGUACCUGCUCGAUCCUCCUUUUAGAGCGCUGGAUCACCUUUCGUCCACUUAGAAAAGGGUUCACAUUCCUGAUAUACAUAUACAUAUAUAUUGCUAUGAACUAUUUAUAAGGACGGGGCAAUGGGGAUCACGGGGAUGGGUUGGGGAGGGUCGGGGUGGGGAGGAUGGGGGUGUAUAUAGAUGUAUAGUCUGUUGUAGGAAAAACAAACUCCAUUUUUUUUGUCCUUUUUUUCAUUUUCUGUGAGUUGUAGAUAGAGUUCCAAAAUUUUACGAUCGUGUGUAGCUUCUUACGUUCGAGUUCGUCAUUCUAUUCUCUCUAUGUCCGUCUAUUUCCUCUUUGUCUUUCUUUCCAUUAUCUAUUUUCUUCUGUAGGGCGGUCGGUCCUUCUUCACUACCACUACUCCUCUCAUUAUUACGAUUUCCCUCUGUUCAUUAUCACCGUUGGAAGUAAUAAUGUGUACGUAUGCUGUCUCGGUUUGGCGCUUUGAGUAGUAACAGUCGCGGAUUAUAAGAAUCACUAACGUAAUAUCUAAGGUGUUCUCCCGUACUGAUGUGUCGCCACGCUCCGCCCAGCGACCUCGCGCGCGCUGGGCAGGACGGGGCCGAGAAGAAAGAAAACGCAUCCUUCUUUCCCGUUUUCUACCCCCUCGACUCCCAUUUUCUAUCGUUUUGUUUGGUCUUAUACUCGCGAUAACUUGAGUUGCCUUUUAAGUUUACGAGUGUAACGAGGAUCAGAGCUUCAUUAAUGCAUAACACACAGAGUCUGACGAUGCCCGCGCCACCAGGAACCUUGGAAAAGAGAAGAGGAGAAAAAUAAAGUCACCGCUGAAAGAAAGAAGGAAGAAAAAAUAUAUAAGUUUACCUCUGAUUGGCCUUCCGCGCUCCGAGCUGGUUCACUCUGCCGAUGGUUAGUAAUUACAAGACAUAACUUCUCGCCAUCUCAAGGCCGCUAGAUAAACAUUGGAAUUUACAGAGCGAAAUGGAAGUUAAUAGCAAGGGCGGGAAAUUUUAAAGGAAACGGUAGGAGCGGCCUCCAUCACCGGCCCAAUAGCUUAAUAAGAGAAAUUUUGUGACAGUGACAGUUGGCUCCAUUUUUCCAAGAUUUCUGGUGCGUGUUGAGGCGGAGGAAGAAAUGACUGACAGCGAAGGAGGAAGGGAGGAGGGAAGCAUUGCCGGUGAUCUCUCUCCUCCUCCUUGGCUUGUUAAUUUGCGGUCUGAAGUUAUUUUUCUUUAUUCCUAUUAUUUUUUUUACAUAUAUUUUUCUCAUUAUAUGUGAAUCUGUGAUAUCAAUUAUUUGUUAUAUCUCCAGUGACACUUUUUUGUAAUAAAACUAACGAAAUGAACAAAUA